GCGGAGAGGAGAGAGUGUGGCGCAUACCGGAAGUAAGGAGCUGGGCAUGCCGGGAGAUGUAGUCCUGUCGCGGUUACUGACAUUACACAGCUGCCAGGACGCUGCUGGUCCAGCAUUUGGGACAUCUGGUCGUCCUCUAAUGAUGCUGAGGGCCAGAGUGCAGCAUCUGCUGCUGGGAAGCCUAUGCAGAAGCCAGUGCCCUGGUCGCACCAAGCUGCCAGCCCUACUCCGGCUCAGCCGCUGCACCUCCGCACAGAGCCGCCACCACCAGACCUUGCAUCCGGAAUGGGCAGCACUGGCCAAGAAACAGUUGAAAGGGAAAGACCCGGAGAGCCUGAGGUGGCACACGCCAGAGGGCAUAGUGAUAAAGCCUCUCUACACCAAUAGGGACACAGCAGACCUGCCUGAGGAGCUGCCGGGGGUGAAGCCGUUCAGCCGAGGUCCAUACCCCACCAUGUACACGCACAGGCCGUGGACCAUCCGGCAAUACGCUGGCUUCAGCACGGUGGAGGAGAGCAACAAGUUCUAUAGAGACAACAUAAAGGCUGGUCAGCAGGGGCUAUCUGUUGCUUUUGACCUGGCCACGCAUCGUGGCUAUGACUCGGACAACCCUCGGGUUUACGGAGACGUUGGCAUGGCUGGGGUGGCCAUUGACACGGUAGAGGACACGAAGAUGCUUUUUGACGGCAUCCCGUUGGAGAAGAUGUCGGUCUCCAUGACCAUGAAUGGUGCGGUCAUCCCUAUUCUAGCCAUGUUCAUUGUCACCGGUCAGGAGCAGGGGGUACCCCAGGAGAAGCUGACUGGGACUAUACAGAAUGACAUACUCAAGGAGUUUAUGGUGCGGAACACCUACAUAUUUCCUCCUGAGCCUUCCAUGCGCAUCAUCGCAGAUAUCUUCCAGUACACGUCUCAGCAUAUGCCAAAGUUUAACUCCAUUUCAAUCAGUGGGUACCACAUGCAGGAAGCCGGGGCGGAUGCUGUGCUGGAGCUGGCAUACACGGUGGCCGACGGGUUGGAGUAUUGCAGGACAGGCCUGAAAGCCGGACUGACCAUUGAUGAGUUUGCACCCAGGUUGUCAUUCUUUUGGGGAAUCGGGAUGAAUUUUUACAUGGAAAUAGCCAAAAUGAGAGCCGGCAGGCGGCUGUGGGCACACCUGAUAGAGAAGAAUUUCCAGCCCAAGGACCAGAAGUCGCUGUUGCUUCGCGCACAUUGCCAGACCUCCGGCUGGUCUCUUACUGAGCAGGACCCCUACAACAACGUGGUCCGCACAGUGAUUGAAGGCAUGGCCGCUGUGUUUGGAGGCACGCAGUCAUUACACACCAACUCAUUUGACGAAGCUUUAGGGCUGCCCACUGUUAAGAGUGCCCGCAUAGCCCGGAACACCCAGAUUAUAAUCCAAGAGGAGUCUGGGAUACCCAAAGUGGCGGACCCCUGGGGCGGAUCCUACAUGAUGGAGUGCCUCACCGAGGACGUCUACCAAGCUGCUCUGAAGCUGAUUAAUGAGGUGGAAGAUUUGGGAGGGAUGGCCAAGGCGGUGACUGAGGGUAUCCCCAAGCUUCGGAUCGAGGAGUGCGCAGCCAGGAGACAGGCCAGGAUUGAUUCAGGUGCCGAGGUGAUUGUCGGGGUGAAUAAGUACCAGCUGGAAAAAGAAGAGACCGUUGAAGUUCUUGCCAUCGAUAACUCGUCCGUGCGCAACCAGCAGAUUGAGAAGCUGAAAAAGGUGAAGGCCAGUAGAGAUGGUGCGGCUGCCGAACGCUGUCUAGCGGCUCUCACAGAAUGCGCAGCAGGCGGCAGCGGGAACAUCCUAGGACUUGCCGUGGAAGCUGCCCGCGCAAGGUGCACUGUGGGAGAAAUAACAGACGCAAUGAAGAAAGUUUUCGGGGAACACAAAGCCAAUGACCGGAUGGUGAGCGGAGCUUAUCGCCAGGAGUAUGGGGAAAGUGAGGAAAUCUCCUGCGCUAUGAAGAGAGUGCAGGGUUUUAUGGAGCAAGAGGGACGGAGGCCUCGUCUGCUUGUAGCUAAAAUGGGACAAGACGGACACGAUAGAGGGGCAAAGGUCAUUGCCACUGGGUUUGCAGAUCUCGGAUUUGAUGUGGACAUCGGACCCCUUUUCCAGACACCGCGGGAGGUCGCCCAGCAGGCGGUGGAUGCGGAUGUUCACGGAGUUGGUGUCAGCACUCUGGCCGCUGGACACAAAACCCUGGUUCCUGAACUCCUCAAAGAGCUGAGUGCUUUAGGUCGCCCAGACAUCCUUGUUGUGUGUGGGGGAGUAAUCCCGCCACAGGACUAUGACUUCUUAUAUGACGCUGGAGUUUCCAGCGUGUUCGGACCAGGAACCCGCAUCCCCAAAGCUGCUGUCCAGGUUAUUGAUGACAUUGAGAGGAAUCUGGAGAAACGUCAGCAGUCGCUAUAAGAAUCCGUGUAGUGUCACCACGUUUCCUGUAGUACUGGCUGCGGAUGAACUAGGUUACUGGUAUCAUUGCCAUCCUCCUGGCGAACUGAAGGCGAUAUUUUAAAGGCGCCUUUUUGGCCUACUGGGUAUACAAGACUUUUGCUACAAAAGGUCACAUAUUCCUUUUUGAUUGAAAAUUUGCUUAAAUAAGAUCUGAGAUCUAUAUGUUCAACUGUAAUUUAAAAUAAAAUUUACUUUUUGUAAUGUUA